AUGCUCCUGGUGCUGGUGGCGCUGAAGCUGCCGGCCUUUGUGAUAUGGAAUCAUAGGCUGACCAGCGUAGGACGCCGAGAAAUCCUUUUCAUGAACGCUUUUCGCGACCAGUUAGCUACAUCUGGAUGGAGAGUGCUUGAGACCAUGCACGAAGAGUGCGGCAUCGUCGCAGGGCUGGGCUACGGGUUGGCUGCCAUGGCAGAGGAGGAGAGGAGCUUCGUCUUGCGAUUGCCGCGUCCGCUUCACGUGCGGUACUUGGUAACAUUCUACGUAAAGUCCGUGCCCAUCACCCGAAAGAUACGUGAUCUGACCGUUGGUGCCGGGCUGUUGGCCCUGGGGCCAGCCGUGGCGCACGCGGGCAUUCCGAUCAUCGUACUUUGCGCAUGCUGCGCAGCGCACACGACCUACCUCUUUGGCUGGAUCAUGCUUCAAACGCAGGCGGCUUUGGCGGAGGGUGGCCAAGGCAAAGCCACCAUGACCGCAGUGCUCACAGGAUCCCACCAGGGCUAUCAGCAGGAGUCUGACAGCAGCGAUGGCCUGAGCAGCGACAGCGAAGGCAGCUCCGAUGCCAGCAGCAGCAGUGGCGAAAAGGAGAAGCCGCAGGAGCUGCCGCCAAGCUAUGAGAGCAUUGGGUACCAGGCUAUGGGCUUGCUUGGAUACGUGCUGUCCAAGGUACUUCAGUGCCUGAUGCUAGUUGGUGUUUGCACAAUCUUCCUCGUGCUUGUCGGGAUCAACGCCUGGCAAGUGGAACGGAUCUUGGGCAUCGCCUGGAUUUCGAAACGGAAUGUGAUCCUGGCUGCGGCGGCCUUUGAGCUUAUCCCUUGCUAUUUUAUGGCAACGGUAAAGGAGACUUUCCUGCUGACAGCGCUUGGAGCCCUUUGCUCGGCGAUUUGCGCGGUGGUAGUUGUAGCUGCUGCCUUUACCACACACCCCGGCAAGCUCGAUGGGUGUUUGGAUGGCCAGGCCAACAGUUGGCCCAUGUUCACGGAUUUGCAGGGCCUUUGCCUUUGCUGGAACUCGGUCGUGUUUGCGUUUGGAGGCAUCAACGUUCUGCCAAGCCUUCUCGCAGACUUCCAUGUUCGUGGCGUUCUGGCAAGGGCGCUGGUGAGCUUCACAUGGCGCUCCUACCUGUUCAUCAUCCUGAUCUACGUGGCCGUGGCAGCUGCAGGUUUUUCGGUGGGCGGCGUGGCAAUGGCUAGCCGGAAGGUGGACUCGAACGUGCUCCUUGGGUUGUCAGGCUGCCCGACAGACAAGGCGACCUCCUCGGACUGGAGCCUGCUGGUGGCUUACAGUGUCAUCACUCUGCAUGUGUUGCUGGCAUUUCCGGUGCCUUUCCACUCGGGGGCAGAGACCCUCGAGGCAACGCUGGGCACCCGAGAAGGCGCCUUACAACCCGGAAUGCGCGGCCUUGUGAUGCGAACUCCUCGCCUGCUGUUCUUGGGGCUAUGCACCACGCUGGCCUACACCCUUCCUUUCUUUGGUGCGCUGCUGGACGUCGUUGCUGCCGUGGCCGGCCAGGGCACCGUGUUCAUUCUGCCGGUGCUUUUCUCCAUUGCUAUCCAGUGGCAGCAGGGCAUGCAAGUCCGCUUCUAUGAGUGGGUUCUCGACUUCGUUUGCCUCCUGGUUGGGGUGCUGGGGGCCAUCACCGGCCUGUACUAUGGUGUACAAGAGUUGGCAGCCUUACGAUAA